CCCUCGGCAAUUGUUUCUCUGCAACAAAAAAAAUGGCUGCAGAGGUGGAGGGUGCCGAGGCGGCUCAGCCCGCGGCCUCCGCGGAGAAGAAGAAGAAGGCUGCGGCUGCGAGCCGGGGCAAGGCGAGCUUCCUCGCCACGGCCUGGCUCAUCCUCUACAACACGGUCAUGACCGCCGGGUGGCUGGUGUUGGCUGUGUCCAUGGCUCGUUAUGGGCUGGCCAAGGGCUCAAACAGGGGGCUCUAUCGCUCAAUAGAGAAGACCCUAAAAAUCUUCCAAACGGGCGCUCUCUUGGAGGUGGUUCACUGUGCCACUGGGAUUGUGCCGUCUUCAGCUGUGCUCACCGCGUUUCAGGUGUCGUCUCGAGUUUUCUUGGUGUGGGCUGUCACAGACAGCGUGAAGCCAGUUCAGAAUGAAUACAGUGUCCUGAUUUACCUGAGUGCCUGGACUCUGACGGAGAUCGUCCGCUACUCAUUCUACACCUUCAGUCUUCUCAAGUACCUCCCACGUGCCAUCAAAUGGGCCCGGUACACGCUAUUCAUCGUGCUGUACCCACUGGGCGUGACGGGCGAACUGCUCACCAUCUACCAUGCGCUGCCCCACGUCUACCGCUCCAAGCUCUUCGCGUACCCACUCCCCAAUGCCCUCAAUAUCUCCUUCGACUACUACUACUUCCUCAUCAUCGUCAUGAUCUCCUACAUGCCAAUCUUCCCACAGCUCUACUUCCAUAUGAUGUCCCAACGCAAGAAAGUUCUUGGAGAGCCGAAAGCCAAAGAAUCGUAACGGGCCACAACCUGUACACCAGCCGUCACGGAACAUCAGGGACAAGGCUUUCAAAGGAAGAUGCAACCCAAAACACAAAUGGGCAGUAUUUGUCAUCAUUACUAAAAUACAAAUCAACCAUGAUGCGAGUUACAAUCUGCUUCUUUAAAUCAAAAACUGUCGUUUCACCUCCCAAAUCCCUCCUCCCGUUUACGAGACAAAGCGCUGCCAAUACGGUUUAUAAACGAAUGUGAAGAGACCCUCACAAUGAACUGCAGCACGUUGGGAUGCAGAAGGCUUGGGGCUGCUGCUGCUGCCUCGUGAACGGCGGUGGAGACUCGAGUGCCUUGAUUGUCGUGACGGCUGUGGGUUUUGUGUUGCGGUUGCUAGAAUGCAUCACUUGUGCAGCUGCAUGGUGCAGUAAUAGACAGAUUGUGUGAGCAGGACAGGAGGGUGUUGUCCCCAAUAUCACACUUGUGAUUUUCACCCACGCACACACAAGUCAUGAGACGUGUUUUACAGCCAUGCCCUGGUGACAUCAGUAGAGGGCGCUGUAGCGAAUGCCCCUUUCACAUUCACGUUCCUCUGCACUUACUAAAACUUAAAACUCGUGUCAGGCGUCGCAGAAUAUAGACACUAUGUGUGCAUAUCUGCAUUUUGGAUUGCUUCUUCAUAACAUUGUAAUAGUUUUUCUUCCUCACUGCGUGGAAGACCAUUUGAUUUUUAGAAUCCACUGGAAUUUUGUUUAAUCUUGUUAUAACCAUUUGAGGUUGGCAUCACUUAAAUUAAUCAUCAGGAUAGCCAUUGUAACCUUUAGCUGGUUAUAUAUAUAUUUUUUUCUUUUUUGCAGACACAGUAAUUUAUCAUUUGGCUUUUGAUGUCAGAGUGUAUAGCAUCUAUUUAAAAGCAUUGGGCUUUGUUUUUUUCCCUUUUAAAUGAGUAGGCAGCUGUCGACGUCAAGUCAAUUUGGCUUGGCAGAUACUGCACUAAAUGCAUAAAACACUGAUUGCAAAGUAAAAAUACUAAUGUUUUUUUUAAAAUAUUGGUAUGCACCCAUCCUAAAAUGUGAAAUGGGGUGGUGCUCAUCUUCGUUGGCAGUGGUGGAAUUCCACAUUCCUAUGACGGAGACCAGUCUCUUUCCCAUGACCUAUUGCCAGCGAGCUUUUGCCACUAUACUUUCUUUAGCUGGCAAAAUUGCCGUGCUGGUCACAGCCAAAUGGUGACUGUGUUGGCUGGUCGGUUGAGAGGGCAGGUGCAAGACAACCAUCAUGGUAGUCUUGAUGUCCAGUUUUUUUAUUGGUCCUCCAUGGACUGGUGACUACCAUCCUCUCCCCUCUCAUCGCUAUUGCCCUCCACGAGCUCCAGCAAAGCUUUCUGUUGAAUCCCUCAAUCUUCGCUCCGUGGGAGGUUGCUCAUUCUUCUCUACUGCACCCAUAGGCUGGGACUCUUUUUCUACCGCACCGUCCGUGCUGUCAACUCCUGUUCCAGUCCAAAGACGAUUUUUCCAACCUGCCUUAAAAUAUGUUCAGUGUUUCUCUACAGCAUCUUGAGAUGCAAUUACAUUUCAAGUCAUUACAAUUUUUAUCAUGUCUGCACCUAAUCUGCAUGGUCAUUGACAUUUUUAAUACGCAUUUGCAUAUUUACCGUCGAUAUCAAGAACAGAUAUCCAUACAUUGCCAAUUGAGGACAAUUCUGUUUUAUGUAUGAUCUAAUACAAAUUGGGUUUAAAUCUGAAUGGGAAAUGAUACAAUUUUCACCCCUAUGUAUGUAAAAUAUUUUGGUUUAACCCAUAUCAGAGUUUGAUGAAACACUUAUACUUUUUCCCCUCAUUAACAAAGGUUAAAAAGCUGCUAAAUCACCCAGAACACAGCAUAUGAAUCUCCUUAGAACUAUUUUUAAGUUGCAUCUUCAGUCUGUGAAUGCAUUUGUCUUGUAUGUUAAAGAGAAAGUAAUCAAGUCACAUAAAUCAUCUGACCCAAACAGUGUACAAAAGAGCUAAGUGAAAAAUACAAAGCACAAGCCAAUUGAAACUGUGACACAAAACAUUACCAAGGCUAAAUGUUACACAACUUGGGAAAACUUUGCACUCACCUGCUUAAAGUUAGUGAAGUGUUCACAUGCUACUUGCUGCCCUUAAUCAUGUUUACACAGAUACAAGCUUACUAAAUUAUACACUUUUCGACAAUGCUUUAGCAGUAGGGCUUUAUUUUAAAGUGUGGUUGGUUAAGGGUUUAAUUGUGGCAACGCAAUAGUAGAGUACUCGUGAAGUUGGUAACAAUACUAUUGUGGAAAUGUAUGCCCCAAGAGAUGUUGGUGAAUGUUCUAAUUCAUCCGAUUGUUGGUGAAACACAUGCCGAUGUUUGUGUUGUCAACAAUUACAAGCUUAGCAAAGGCAAUGUGUUGCAGCUGUGUAAUCAACAUGUGAAACUGGCCCAUAGAUUUGUAAAGCUGGUGGUGUUAUUGGCCUGUUGUGCAUACACUGUAUUGGUUACCAUAUGGGCUUUUCCCCACAACACAAUGGACUCUUAAACACAAAGGAUACAAAUAAACGAAUGAAACAAUU